CGUUCCGUCAGUUUUUGGUCCGAUCGACGAGGCGAAGCAUCAGCAGCACACUUCAAACACGACGAAAACGAGUGGUGGUGCGUGUUUUUUUUUCUUCUCUCUACAUCCCAAAGUCGAAGUCGUCGUCAGGAAGAAAAUAUUUGCGACGGUGAAAAAAGUAGUGCACAAGAAAAAAUGUCGUCCUCCGCAAAUAGCCAUCAUCAGCAGCAGCAACAUCAGUCAUCCGGCAAAGCUCUGUCCCGGCAACUCAAAGCCAAAGGCAGCGAAUUUCUUGCGGCCACGGAAAGCUCUUCCAACAAUCUGCUGGAAAUUGUUGCGUUCCUAAAGGAGAGUAAUGCUCGAAAAAGUGCCGUAAUUCCCUGUCUGCUGGUAGUGGAGUCCAUUUUCUGCGAGCUGCUCAAACGAAACGAGAUGCAAAUUGUUGUUCAGCCAUUGAAACCAGCUGAUGCAUCAUCCGGAUCAUCCCACAAGCAGUGGCUGCAAGCCCAGUACAAAGAAUCGUUCAGUGCCAUAUUGGAGUGCUUAGCGCAUGAGAAAUCCGCAGAGAGUGUACAAGCGUUGACCACAGCCAUGAAGCUGAUUGUGGCCGAAACGGAACACCCGUUGGAAGCCAACACCGGAACGGUUCAUUUCCCGAUGUCCAAGUUGAGGCAGGUUCUCCAGGCGAUGCUGUCCACGGAUCGACUCAAUACGCACUUAGUCAAUCGCUUUUUGGAGUAUUCUGCCCAUCUGGAUGUGAUCUACUUCUGCUGGAAGAUUCUGCCGUCACUGGCCCCGAAAGAAUUCUGUCCCAGUACGGUGUUCAUACAGAACUAUCUCAGCCUUCUUGGGACCAUCUGCUUCGGCAAGGAAGCCGUAGAAGAAUCUCCGAGCUUUCUUUGCAUCCAGAUGCAGCUGGACUAUCCGUACAUCCGGAAGCACAUCAACAAGACGUGGUCCUGCGUGAUGAACUGGAAGCACGACGAAACGAGCCACCGCCAAAUGCUGAUUCUCCUGUUGGAGAAGGUCCUAUCACAUCUGGACAAACCGGUCCUCCUUACAGAUUUCCUAAUGGAUUCCCUGGACGUCGGUGGUGCCAUCAGUCUGCUGGCCCUGCAGGGCAUUUUCGUGCUGAUCCAGCAGCAUAAUCUCACCUAUCCGAACAUCUACGAGAAGCUGUACUCGAUGUUCGAGCCGGAAAUCUUCCACACCAAGUUCAAGGCGCGCCUUUUCUACCUGGCGGAUAUCUUUCUCAGUUCGAGCCAUCUGCCGGAGGGUUUGGUGGCUGCCUUCGUGAAGCGCCUUGCCCGAUUAGCGCUGAUUGCUCCUCCGCAGGACAUCGUCAUCAUUCUGCGGUUCAUCGGCAAUCUGUUCAUGCGGCAUCCGGCGCUGAAGAGACUGAUUUUCCAUCCCACCGGAGGCGAGGUGCCGCAUGAUCCCUACGUAAUGGACGAACGCGAUCCGAUCAAAUCGAACGCCCUGGACAGUUCCCUGUGGGAGGUGGCCACCUUGCAGUCGCAUGUGCUGCCCUCCGUGGCCACAGCCGCCAAAUUCAUUUCCAAUCCGUUCCCGACGGCCGAGUGGGAUCUCGCAUCGGUGCUGGAGAUUAAUGAGAAUGAUAUUUUCGACAAGGAAAUCGCGAAAAAGUCCAAAGAAUAUGCCUUAAGCCUGGAGAGACCAACGUCGAUGUUCGUACACUGCGGUGGCGAAAAGACUUCCCAAUGCUGGAAGCUAUACUGAAUCCGCGACACCGGCCUUGGGGAUGCAAUUUCAAUAUCGGUAAUUUUGUUUUUUUUUUCAUCAUUUGAUGACACUUUUUUUCGGCUACAAAUGAUUCAUUUUGUACCACACUAACGAGAAGCUUUUUGUUGUAAAAAUGAAUUUCGGUUAGAUUUUAUCUACUUAUUUGUAUAUCAUGCCACCUUUUAGUACUUUAGCAUAGUAGUGCGCUGACAAGACAGCUCUCAUUAAUCACAUUACGGGAUGUAUAUCGAAAAUAUUAUAUCUAUCCAUACUAUGCGCAUACCAACUACUAUAAUAGACCCAUCAUAUAGAACACACAAUACAUGUAAUAGCCACCAUUCGCAAUAGAUUUAAAAUAGUAUACUGCAAAACGAAUACAGGAUCACCAUUAUUAUUCGAAUAUAAUAGAUAUUAGCAGACUUAUAAAAUUGUGUAUCUUCUCAAACAUAGUCAUAGCCAAAUCCGCCAGAACAAAAACGAAGAAUGAAAUAAACGUUCCUACCCUGGACACACUUGACGCAGUGUGCCCUUAGAGCAAGAGAAACCCUUACUACACAACAGUAUGAUUCAAUGAAUACCCCUCGAAAGUAACAAUGGAAAUUGCAUAAAACGUAUGGAUAUAAUAGGUUCAUGUUGGUUGUUUUAUUCGAUGUUAUUUAUUGUUUAAUAGUAACAAGCAAACACACUCACAUUUAUAUGCGAAGUCAAAUAUGUUCAUUGUACCACAAGUAGCUAUAACAAACAAUUGGAAACCCAUGCCCGGAGAAAGGAGGAAGCACAAGCAAGUCGUAGACGUAGAGCUAACAAUGUGAUGCAAAAACUGUUCAUGUACACACCUCUGGUCGCAGAACGGAACAACCGGAAUCGAUACGGUUCUUUGGAAUUGAUAACCUAAAGGAAUGGAAGACAUCGCUAGUGUGGUGCCCUGUUGCGUAGUUCCCGUAGAUAAGUAGGAUAUAUAUUUAAAUUGAACAUUGGUACCAUUUCAGCCGAAGCGGCGCCAUGAAAUACAAACAACCACAGCAAAAACCCUUACUACACUCGUACACACAAACACACACACAUACACAUUAACUUGUACUUUAUAGAUAUGGAAAAUGAAAUCUUUACAAAAAAACACAAACAGCGGUGAUGAUAGAAUAUUUGAAUUUAAACUAGACAUCUAUACGAUAGAAAAACAACAAAUGGAUGAGUUGGAUAAGGAGCGAAAGAGAGAGUUAGAGAGUAAUACAAGUAAUAAUGCCAAGUUCGGUUACUCUUCCAA